AUGCCUGGCAGAGGUGGCAGAGGCGGCAGAGGCGGCGGCUCCGGCGGGCGUGGCGGCAUCGUGAGCUCCCUCUCGCGGGGCAUUGCCAGUGGCAUCGGUCUCGUCUCCGAGAGCAUCAGCAGCAGCAAGGAUAAGAAGGAGCACCAGCAGCAGCAGCAACAACAACAACCACAACAGCCAUACUACCAGCCGUCAUCAUCGUCAUCUGCACCCCCUCCGCCUUACAGCCGCACGCCCAGCCCCAACCCCGCGACCGCCGACUAUGAUUCCACAGACGAGCAGUGGCAGCUUGACGACGUCCAGCAGGAAGUCGCCCCGACCAGCCGCGAGGACUUCAGGACAGCUCUGAGCCGGCAGCCUCGCCCCACGGGCCCCAUCGAACUGCCUGUCAUCCUCCCCCAGCGGAGGCCCAAGGAUCGCACACGCGGCUUCGUGAGGGGGUAUGCACCCGUGCUUCAGAAUGCCGACAUUGACGAGAGCCUGUGGUUUGGCUUCCUCGACGAGCUGGAGAAGGCCAGCCACGGGUCGCCCUGGUUCCACACCAUCAAUGUCGCCGCCAUGUCGGCCAUGGCCCUGCCCAUGGGCUGGUCUCAGCUUGUGGCAAUCUCGGUUCACAAGAUGGUCGGGUCGGCGCAGGAGAUUGAUGCCAGGAGGAAGGGCAACACGUUCCUCAACGACAUGAACAAGCAGCUCUUCAUGCCCAGAGGGCUCUUCUGCCUCCUCAUGACCUGGAAGCCGCAGCUCAAGGAUACCAAUCCUACCAUUGAUCUAAACGACACCAUCUCGGGCGUCAUCACCUCCGACAACCAAGGAUUCGGCAACAGUCUGCGCAGCUCCGAUGGCGAGACACGCGGUGACCUGCCUGUUCCCGAGGCUGCCCCACUCGUGUUCCCGGCCCUCGACCGCGCUCUCGAGAACCCGGAAGACCCCAUUGGCAAGUCUUCGGGCUUCAAAGCCAAGUAUCACAGCAAGAUGGACUUCAUCUCGGACUACUACGAUCGUCGUGCACAGGCUACUUAUGCCGGCCAAAAUCCCGACAGCCUCCUCGCCGGCCAGACUGCAGCUCCCGAGUUCUCGUCGAGAUGGGCCGACCCAAACAGCGCUGCCAACAACGGCUAUCUUUCUGGCGUACUGACUGGAGGCAUGAUCGAUCGCUCCAGCGGCAAAAUGGCACAGAAGCAGCAGCAGCGGCAGGAGCAGCACUCCGAGUCGUCAAGAGGUGGACGAGGCGGGCGCGGGGGACGCGGCGGUGGCCGUGGAGACAGCAGCGAUGGCGGUCUGCUGGGUGCCCGACGGGACAAGAAGCCCGUCCAGGAAGACUGGUCGAUGAGUAACGUCAUGUCGUCGCCCCUCAAGAGCCUCGCCGCGGCGCCCCGAGCAGCUGCCAACGUGCUGGUGUCGAAGCCGCGGCAGGCGAGGAAGAAGGCGUUGAAGCCGGUGAGUUCUGAUUGCAUGCACAGAGUUGAUGUACCUUGUGCAAUUUGCUGA